GAAACUAGGAUUACAGGUAUCCGACAGGUGAAGGUUGCUCUCGCCCCUCUCUGUGUUCAAACCAUCUGUACCAUCUUACUCAGAACCGCACGAUGUCCGUUAAAAGACAAGAAUCUGGGUAUGUGGACAACUGGCAGGCAAGGAAGACUCUUACACAGUGUAAUCUGCGCAUGCUCGAAACCGAAGACUUCAGUGACGUCACCUUCCGGGUGGGAUCACAGCAACAGGUGGUCCGAGCUCACCGUUAUGUUCUUGUCAGUCGCAGCUGUGUGUUCCAUGCCAUGUUCUGUGGCCCCCUGGCGGAGAAAGGGGAGGUGACCAUCCCGGAUAUUGAUGCAGACAUCUUCAAGGAAUUCUUAAGGUAUAUAUACACAGACGAGGCCCGAAUCGACGCUGAAACAGAUCACCGGACUAAUGUACACAUCCAGGAAAUACUCUUGAUGCACUGUCACGAUCUCUGUCUUGCCAGUGGUUUCAUCAUUCGCAGCAAGUGA